AUGGACGCCCCCAAUCACGCCCUCGACCCGUCCUCCGGCAGCAUGUACUCCAAUGUCGGCAAGCGCAGCAUCGAGUCGAUGUUUGCAAACGCCACGGAAGACUUCAUUUCAUCAGAGAAAGCAACAAAGAGCUUGAAACUAACCAGAAGAAGCCGGUUUGGGGAAUACACGAUCGAAUUAUGGUACCGUCGUCUAAACGCAUUCCGCAAACACACUCUAGGCAUCGACGAUGCAGAUUCAACCACUCCCACUGGCGAAGAGAUUGAGCGGUUCAUUUCCAUCAUUAGCCGUCAUCUCAAACCAUGUGGCGGGGGCGUUAUAAGUUUCUCAACUAUUCGCAGCGGGAUUGACUGUCUACUCAAGGGAUGUGUUUUCUACCACGCGGACUUCAAGGUUACCGCGCACGAAGGCUCCAGGAUUCAAUCUCUUGUCCAUACGCUUGUUCGAAAUGGCACAUUAACAACCGAUCUCAAAGUUGAGAAACAAUGGAUCGGCAGUGGACUAGUUGCAAAGCUAGUUGACUCAACUUACAAGAAUGCACUUCGCAAUGGGACUAUCUCAUGGGAUUUGACACUAGCGAAAAUCCAAAGUAUCGUACUACAUGCUGCUUUAGGGUGCCGAGUAGGUGACGUAGCGACUUCGAGAUAUGAUGAUCACGAUCUUCCGUUCCUUGCCUAUGGGGACAUUACCAUGAAAUUGGAUGGCGGAUCUGGUGUUGAGAAUAUUUGCAUGUCAGUGCUAAUGCGAAACAUCAAGGGGAGAAAGGGCAUAUCGUUGCUGAAUUCCACGAAGCGGUUCUAUAGCAUCAACAGCCCGCUUGAAUCCAUCCCUCUGUGUCCAGUGAAAGCCAUUAUUAUUAUGGCACUGCGUUUCGGCAACGUCAAGAAUGCUAAUAGCAUUGAAGAACUGCUGUUGAACACUGCUCGCCGAGAUGACAAGACUGUACAAUGGAAAGAUCCACGCCGGCCAAUACUACCAAGUUUCACAUCUGGUCACAUUGUGCUACUAGAUAAGCCUGCAAGUUCACGUCAGUUUAAUGCAACCCUAGCUGAAGUUUCCGUACGUGCUGGCAUAGUCGCCAGAAUCACAGGACAUGACCUUCGUAGGGGGUCUGCACAGGACAUUGCUGCUGCUGCGGCAAAGGGUAUAGUGCCUCCGCUUUUUCAGGCAGAAUUUGCAGCAAAAGAGUUGCUCUCUCACGAUUACAGGACAAUGUUUAUGGGAGUCACAAAGAGAUACAUAGGUCCUGAUCAGCAUGAUCUCUGGGCACCACGGGUAGAGAAUAAACAUAUUGACAUCUUUACUACACCUAUAGUUGCACCAGAGGUCAAUAUCCCUAUCAUUCAGGCUCGACAGCUGCCGUCAGCAGCAGUUAAUAGCUUCUGCGAGACUUAUGCUUUAGAUCCUACUCAACGCUCACAGCGGUUAAGGGCAACAAGGAAAGCAAAGAAAGCAGCACUUGAUGAAUGGAUUCUCAAGGAACGCUCUGGGGAGGAGACCGGGAAAGGAAUAGCCGAUGGUGAUCCUCACCGAGAGAGCUCUUUUGCCACACCCCUAUCCGUACCAGAGGAUACCGUCAGGACCAAUUCCCAGUGUGUAGACAAUUCCGCCACAUCCCGAUCCAUACUAGAGGAUACCAUCACGACGGAUUGCUACUCCGUAGGUACUUGUGUCACAUCUCCGUUUCUACCAGCAGACAUCCUUACGCUCGAUUCUUAUUCCAUAGAUACUUCCGACACUUCUCUAUUUAUACCAGAGGAUACCGUCCCUGCGGUUUCCGACAAUGGGGAACCGCAUGAAGCUGAUGAUACUAGCGGUUGUGUUUCAAUCUUAUCAAGCAUAAUGGAAAACGAGGAAGCAUCUAACGAGGCUCGUGAACACGAUACGGAGGCUAUGGCGAUGGAUAUGCUGCUUGAAGUUGUCUCUGCAAGCCAGGCCGAUCAAGCACCAACCGAAAUACCACCCCCUUCUCAGGUUGGACAGCCAUCACUUGCGCAGUUUCCAACCUUGACAUCACUAGAUAGUCGCUCUAAGCUAGAUUCCCACAUACAAGAGAAACACAAGAACGAUUUUAACUCUACAUGGUGCCCAGUCCAAGGUUGUAAAUCAGCUCGACAGUUCAAGAGUCUGUUUGUGCUGGAAGAACAUUUCACUAAGGCGCACGGCAAGAUGAGUAGAGAGGAGGUACAGCGUCUCAUAGAAGGUACACAGGAACGGGUAGAUGACAGCACCGCAUUGGAUGAUGAACGAGGACCAACCGGCCGCGUCGAUAGCAGUGAUUUUCCAGGGGAGGCACCAAAGAUAUUUACUAAUAGUAGGGGAUAA